ACGAACGAUCAUUUCACAUGUGCUGUGACAAUUUAAUCUCGAGUUAAAUUGCUGGAACCCAUUUCUUUGUAGCAUCACUGAGUAAAAGCAGCAGCAGCUAAUUACGAUGGGGAAGAACCGUAAGAAAGUUCCACAGGCAUCCCAUGCUGAGUUAAUGGCCAUGACUGUGGCAGAGAUUGUAAAACAGUUAAUAGAUGCACAUGAACAGAAUAAAGACAUCAACUUGAACAGGGUAAAGAAUAAAAUAUCCAGUAAAUAUGGUCUUUCAAACCAACCAAGACUAGUGGAUAUCAUAGCUGCUGUACCACCUGCUUAUAAAAAGGCUUUGUUACCAAAACUCAAAGCCAAGCCAGUGAGAACUGCAAGUGGAAUUGCUGUUGUUGCUGUCAUGUGUAAGCCCCAUAGAUGUCCACAUAUCAAUAUGACGGGCAAUAUCUGUGUUUAUUGCCCUGGUGGACCUGAUUCUGAUUUUGAAUACUCAACACAGUCCUAUACAGGGUAUGAACCGACAUCGAUGAGAGCUAUACGAGCCAGAUAUAAUCCAUAUUUACAGACAAGACACAGAGUUGAGCAGCUGAAGCAGAUUGGUCACAGUGUUGACAAGGUGGAGUUCAUUGUAAUGGGCGGUACAUUCAUGUGUCUAGGGGAAGAAUAUAGGGACUAUUUUAUUAGAAAUUUACAUGAUGCUCUGUCCGGUCAUACAAGUAACAAUGUAGCAGAAGCAGUCAAGUAUUCUGAAAAGAGCAAGACAAAAUGUAUCGGUAUCACCAUAGAAACCAGACCUGAUUAUUGUUUGAAGAAACAUCUGAGUGAUAUGUUAAACUAUGGUUGUACCAGACUGGAGAUUGGUGUCCAGAGUGUUUAUGAGGACGUCGCCAGAGAUACAAACAGAGGGCAUACAGUACGUGCUGUCUGUGAAUCGUUUCAUAUGUCCAAGGACGCUGGCUUCAAAGUUGUUUCCCAUAUGAUGCCUGAUUUACCCAAUGUAGAUUUAGAAAGAGACGUGGAACAGUUCAUAGAAUUUUUUGAAAAUCCAGCUUUCCGACCAGAUGGAAUGAAGAUAUAUCCAACUUUAGUUAUCCGAGGUACUGGAUUAUAUGAACUCUGGAAGACCGGACGUUACAAGAGUUAUCCUCCAAGUACUCUGGUUGAUCUGGUUGCUAGGAUACUAGCAUUGGUACCGCCAUGGACUAGGGUGUACAGAGUUCAAAGAGACAUUCCAAUGCCACUGGUGAGUUCUGGGGUUGAACACGGUAAUUUACGAGAGCUAGCUCUUGCUAGGAUGAAGGACCUCGGUACAAAGUGUCGAGAUGUCAGGACUCGAGAAGUUGGGAUUCAAGAAAUUCAUCAGAAAGUUAAACCAUACGAGGUUGAACUCAUCAGACGCGACUACGUAGCUAAUGGUGGAUGGGAAACGUUCCUAUCGUAUGAAGACCCUGAACAAGAUAUAUUAAUUGGCUUGUUGAGACUGAGAAAAUGUUCUGAUCAGACAUUUAGACCAGAGCUUAAAGGUGGUGUGUCUAUUGUCAGAGAAUUACAUGUAUAUGGUAGUGUUGUACCAGUCAGUGCCAGAGAUCCCAGGAAGUUCCAGCACCAAGGUUUUGGUACGUUAUUGAUGGAGGAAGCAGAAAGAAUUGCAAGAGAAGAACACGGUGCUUCAAAAAUUGCUGUUAUUUCAGGUGUUGGUACAAGGGACUAUUAUCGUAAACUUGGAUACGAGCUUCAAGGACCCUAUAUGGUGAAGUCUCUGUACUGAAAAUCACAAUUCCUUGAUGUACUGAUACUGUCCUUUUUCAUCUACAAACCAUUUCUGUACUGUUUGAAGACACACUGAUUAGAUAGUAUUUGUACAGCCUAACACAUCACCAGCUGACAACCUAUAUAGAUAUACUGGGAGCUGAAAUGACUGGUGUAUGACAGUAUCAG